AUGCUCAAAGAAUGGAUUCGAAACCCCAACCUCGCGGAUAUGGUUGUAGAGGAACGGUACACGUCCUGGGUUGAGUCCCUGCGGACUGACCGAUAUGUGACAGUAUCGGAACUCCAACUUGAGAAGAUCUAUGGAACGAGCAAAGAAGCUCUCGCCUUUAUUGCUGAAGUGUUGCGUGGCCAGACAGGUGUGCCGCACCCGCAGGCACCAUCGAUCAAGAAAGCCCGUCUUUACAAGGUGCUCAAGGAGAUUAUUGAAGACACCAGCAAAGGUCAGCGUGGUGCAUCAGAGGUGUCUCUCAGUGGCCGAGUAAAGGAUGGUGCAGCUAAAGCAUUGCUGCAGAAACAACUCGGGGGUCUUGGAGCAAACAUCGGUGAGUUUAUGGACUUGAAGACGGGGGCCAUCAAAGCAAAAAAACCGAAGAAGGAGAAACCACCUGAACAGGAAGCCAUUGCUGAACUCAAGAAGGUGGAAAAAAAGUGGAAGGAUUUGUUGAAUGGCCUCGAGAAGGUCAUUUCUGAAUUGGCCGAGUACAAAGUACGGAAUGCCAGUGAGCUUGUGGAUCCGGCUGCGAUUCUUCUUCUCAUCGAAGCGGAGAAGGAACUUAUCCAGCCGAUCGAUACCGAUGUAAAAGAUGGCAAACGCCGUGUUUCGCUAGAGGACUUGCAGUACUGGGUGCCACUAGUGGUUCAUGGGGACGAUGCUGAAGCACAUCGACGGAGAUCCUUUUGUGUUGUGACACUGGCGUCUGCUGUGUGCUAUGGGAGCCAGUUUAACACACGGUACUUGCUGUAUGCGAUCGAUAAUGCGCAGGCUUGCCAAGAAAGCUACAUGACUCUAGACAUGUGGCUGAUGUGGUCCUUGAUCGAACUCCAGGAAGGCCGCUACAUGUCAGUUGACCCCUGGCAGAACCCAAUCACGCGACCUCAGGGUCCAGUGGCUGGUCCAUACAAAGGAGUGCUUGUCAAUCUGAAAGGUGACGAGAAAUUCUUGCAGCGCACCCUUCGCUUGCAGACCAGUUGGGUCUCGGAGAAUGUAUGUGCCUUGUGUAGGGCAAGCAAAUCAGGUCCGAUGGUGUAUACCACCUUUGGUGUCAAUGCCCCGCACAGAACUACAAAGCUGGACACGUCUGAGUUCAUCAUGGAGGCAGUGAAGCCAAACCCAUGGGUGAUGCUGCCCGGGUUUCACAUCGACCUGAUAAACUUUGAUUGGCUGCAUGUGGUGGACCUUACGUUAGCUCCAGAAUGUGCCGCAAGUGCAUUGGUGGAGUUAACACAAACGGAUGAGAUCUGGCCUGGAGACACGCCAGAUGAACGACUGCGUUUGGCGUAUGUGGACUUUGUGCGCGAGUGCAAGAUUCACGGUGUGCGUAACAGAGGUGAAAUCUUUAGCUUGAAAGCUUUGUAUCCUCUUGGCCGGCACCAGUUUCCAACCCUUGUCCAGCGUCACUUCAACGGCAGUGAAAGCGCGAUCCUCUGUCGAUUUCUUAAAGGCAUUUGUCUUGCUGUUGCGGCCUCUCGACCAAAUGAUGAGCAUGCUGCGUUGAGGGCUGCACUAUUCAUCAACUUAGUCGGCAUGAGACAGGCGAUAUCACUGCAGCAAUCUCGAAUAGUCCUUCCUGCGCAGAACUUGCAAGCGUUGCAAUCGUAUGCGUUUCUAUUUUCAAGUGCGCUGAACAGUUUGGCAAGUGAAUCGAUAGCUUCUGGCAUUCUCUUAUGGAAAAUCAGACCUAAAUUCCACAAGUUCCUCGUCAUGUCUGGCAAAUGGUUUCUUCGGAAUGUACAUUUGAGAAUUGAUAACUGUUAUACGAAUGCUGUGUGUCUGUGUGAAUGUCAUUGCACUCAGGCUGCAACACAUCGUUCUCGACAGCGCGCCACAUAUGCAAGUGCUGCAGUGCUCCACCUAUUUAGACGAAGAUAUGGUGGGGCGAGUGAAGCAGUUUGCUUUACGCAGCCACCCAAAGGGAAUGGGCAGGCAAAUCUUGCUUCGCUAUGCUGCGUACGUUUGCUGUUCUUGGCUGAGAUCAUUAGGAGGCUGAUUCUUUAA